AUGACGCAAAUAAAGAAUUAUAGAAGACAUCAUCAACAUGUAUUCGAAGUGGAUGCGGGAUUGCGUCAAUCGGCACCGGAAUCGACCGAGAAUAAGCGAUAUUUGCAACAAUAUCAAGAGGAACUGCGACAGCAGUACCUCCAGGAGGAGGAGAAGCGACAACAGCAAAUUGAGCAACAUCGCCAGCAGCAAAAUGAGCAAAUGCAACGACAACGCCGUCAAUAUCAAGACCGAGAGCUGGAUCUACUGGAACAGAUGCAACAGCGACCAAACAAUCCACUGCAGCAACAGAUUCCCGAAUGGGCCAGACAGGAUGAUCAGAAUUCGUAUAAUCCAUAUAAUACACGUCAAUUGUACAGUUGCCUCAUCCCAGUGGAGGAUGAAAUUCGUGAAAAUCGACAGCGUCUGCAGUGGCAGCAACAGCUUUUCGAUGACUAUGAGCAGCAACCACCGACUGAUUAUAUUGUUGCCAAUUCACAUAUGAAUCAGCGUCCCAGCAGGAGAAUCACCGGGAGCGCCGUCAAGAGGAGCGUCGUGAGCGGGAGCGCCAACAUCGCGAACGUCUCCAUCAGAAACGUAUCCAUCAGGAACGUCUCCAAUGGGAACGCCGUCAAAUGCAGGAGCGUCGAGCGUCAUGAGCGGGAACGUCUCCAUUGGGAACGCCGUCGUGAGCAGGAGCGUCGUGAGCAGGAGCGCCGUGAGCUGGAAUGUCGUGAGCUGGAAUGUCGUGAGCAGGAGCUC